AAAAGUCCACUGAUUUAGUGAGAUCUGAAUGAUUAGUGAUGGAAGAUCAGAUUAUUAACAUGAGGAAGAGGAGAGAGGAGAUUAAUGAUGAAGAUCCAGCAGGACAAAUCCAGAAAACUCAAACUGAGUCUGAUUCUUGUUUGGACGAAUCUGAGGAUCUGAGAGGAAUUCAUGAGGUUAUAACCUUCCAACCACCUCAUUUACCAGCGUGUCACUACAGUCCUGAUACGACGGAGCCCAUCAGCUCGGCCCUGAACUCUUUAGAUGAGCUCCUGUCGUGGAAGCGCAGCGAUGCAAGUCCGUUUAACGUGGCGACGGUUCCUCUGCAGGAGCGCCAGCCUUCCCUGCGGGACACGCCCAUGAGGACGCUGGUCUCUCAUGACAUGAUGGGGGGUUACCUGCACGACAGGUUUAUUCAGGGGACAGAGGUGGACGAUCCGUACGUCUUCUAUCACUGGGAACACAUCGACAUCUUCAACUACUUCAGCCACCACAUGGUGACCGUUCCACCCGCCAUGUGGACCAACGCUGCCCACAAACACGCCGUCCUCUCACUGGGUACGUUCAUCACCGAGUGGGUGGGCGGAGGGAAGACGUGCGAGGCGUUCCUGGCGGGUGAGGAGGAUUACCGCGCGGUGGCUGAUAAACUGGUGCAGAUCGCUCACUGCUACGGGUUCGACGGCUGGUUAAUAAACAUCGAGAACGUUCUGAGUGCCGGGGCGGUGAAACACAUGGCUCCGUUCCUGCGGUAUCUCACCGAUCAGAUGCACGAGCGAGUUCCCGGCAGUUUGGUGAUCUGGUACGACAGCGUUCUGGAGGACGGAACGUUAAAGUGGCAGAACCAACUCAACCACCACAACAGGGUGUUCUUCCAGGCGUGCGACGGGAUCUUCACCAACUAUAACUGGAAGGAGAGCAGCCUGGAGGACAUGGCGUCCGACCCGGCGGCGCAGGGGCGCCUGGCAGACGUGUACGUGGGGGUGGAUGUCUUCGCCAGAGGAGAGGUGGUGGGGGGGAAGUUCGAAACGAAUAAGGCUCUGGAGCUGGUACGUAAGCACGGCUUCUCGGCAGCGCUCUUCGCCCCCGGGUGGGUGUACGAGUGCCACGACAAGACGGAGUUCCUCACGAACCAGGAUAAGUUUUGGGGGCUGUUAUCAGACGUCCUCUACGCUCACCGCCCGGCGUGUCCUCUACCCUUCACUUCCUCCUUAUGUCGGGGGUUCGGGAAACGUUUCUACUGGAGAGGAAAGGUGGAGCAGGAACGAACCUGGUUUAAUCUGAGCGCCCAGCAGCUUCAGCCUCUGUAUGUAAAGCAGGAUGUGAAUGGCGGGGGCUGGUACACCACCCGCGGGUGCUCUCAGGAGGUGUGGGCGGGUGGAAGUGCACUCCUGCUGGAGGGUUCCAUGACCAAAUCGUGCUCCAAGAUCUGUGCCAGGAUCUUCUCCCUGCACGUGCCGUUGCCCUCCCGGAGCUUCAUCUCGCUGGUCUACAGGGUGUCGGGGGGCGUGAACGUCUCUCUGGAGCUCAGAACCCUGGACGCGGCGCUCUGUGUCGACGCGGCGUCUCCGGACUACAGGAGUGUGAAUCCGGUGCUGUUGGAUGAUGAUGAUGAGCAGGUGAAGCAGCUGAAUCAGGAGGAGAGAUCAGACGGCUGGAUCACCAGGUGUUUCCAGUUGGAUCAGUCUGGUUGUGUACUGGGUGAGGUGUGUGUGGAUGUGUGUCGAGAUGAUGGAGGAUCUGAGGAAGAUCUGAGCUUCACCUGCAGGAUCGGCGAGAUCUCGGUGUGGGAUGCGGACACCCCCCUGGUGCCCCCCCGGCCCCUCCCGAGCGUGUGUGUGUACGACGUGGUGUGGCGUAAACCCCGCCCUGACGGGAAGGUGUAUCUCAGCGCUACGUUACGGUGGCGCUACCGGGCCGAGCUGGUCCGCUUCUUCCGUGUGUACCGGCGGCAUGUACGUGGUCCCGACCCACGGAUCGGGCGGGGCCCGGCGGUUCCGAUCGGCCGGGCGUAUUCACCCCUGUACCGCGUGGUGGAGCUGGAGGUGGAGCACACCAGCGGGGUGAUGGAGCUGCUGGUGGAGCCGGUGAGCUGGGGGGGCGUCGGCGUACCCGAAUCACAGUGGGGCCGGAAGACGCUGAGCUACACACACAGCGCAUAAACACACACUGUUCUACUGGACUCAUCUGGGACGAAUUGGAAUGCUGAGUGUGAUCGUACAGAAAAUUCCCCCACACACAUUCCAGAACCUUGUGGGAAUCCUGCCAAGAAGAGUGGAGACUGUUAUAGCUGCAAACAGGGUGGGUGUGGAGGCUUUAUAUUAAUGCUCAACCAGCUCAUAGUCAGGCAUCCACAUACUGUUGGUCCUAGCGUACAUUAUUUUAUUCAGCAACUUUAAUCCGAGGUUUAAUUCUGAACGUGUUUCUGCUAGGAGUGAAACGUUAAAAAUCUUUUCUUUCUAUUUGUAUCAGUUAAAUAAAGACUGAAGAGAAAUAAACACCUCACACUUUUUACUGAGGGUUUCUGGAUGUGGUUUGUACUGUUAAUAAUAAUAAUAAUAAAAUCAUUUUAUAAUAAUAAUAAAA